GUAGUUUGCCAUUUAAGCUCAUCAACAGCCCAAGAUCUCAUUGCAAUCUCUAUAAAUCAAGAGGAUCUUAAUGCAUGCAAAAGCACGUAUAUAGAGAGAGAGAAAGGCGUUUACUGUUUGUUCUUGAUUCAAAACCAUAGAGAAAAUGGUGGUAAAAAAGUUAGGCGACGAUGGCAUAGCAUUAGAUUUUGAAGUAGGAGAUGAGGCUGUUGAGAUAAUCAAUGUUCAGGCCUCAUACUUUUCUCCCCUGCCAUGUCCAUUGCUAGUGUUUUCGCCGACUACAGAAGGAUCCUAUCCUGUUUUACUAUUUUUCCAUGGAUUCAUGCUCAAGCCCAACUGGUACAAGUCCCUCCUCCUACAUAUUUCUUCCCAUGGAUAUAUCGUCAUUGCUCCUCAGUUUUCUCCUAUGGCACUCCAAUGCCAGGAAGUGAAAAACGCGAAAAAGAUAGCAGAGUGGUUAUCACAAAACAGCCUCGACUCUGUCCUGCCAGAGAAAGUUCUUCCAGACCUCCUCAAGGUCGCUGUCUCAGGCCACAGCAGCGGCGGUAACACAGCAUUCGCCUUAGCUUUAGCUUACGAAUCAUACAGUAAAGCAACCACCAAAGAACAAGAAGAACAACCCCCUCUCAAAAUCUCAGGAAUCCUUGGAAUUGAUCCAGUCUCAGGAUCCUCCUCGUCCUGUUUGUUUAGUUCUCCCAAUAUUCUCCAAUAUAUUCCUUACAGUUUCGAUCAAUCAAUCCCCGUAGCUGUCAUUGGUACUGGCUUAUCAAAUAAACGUGCAUAUGGUAUGUGUCCACCCGCUGCAUCAAAUGGUGUUAGUCAUGCUGAAUUUUUCAAUGAGAGUAAACCACCUUGUUACUAUUUUAUGGCUAAGGAUUAUGGUCAUGCUGAUAUGUUGGACGAUAAAAUGGCAAAUUUAAUGAGUAUUAUCAUGAAAAGUGGGAAGGAAUCAAAGGAUACUUUGAGAAGGACUAUAGGAGGGCUUUUUGUAGCUUUUCUCAAGGCUUAUUUGGAAGGUCAAGCUGAUGAUUUAAUUAACAUUGUUGAAUCGCCUGAAAUUCGUGCUCCUAUUGCACUUGAUCCAGUUAUAUAUGUCGAGGAGUAAUUAUAGAUGCCUCAAAAAAUAGUACGUAUGAAAUAAAUAACAUCUUUUGAGAUGUUACUUGUAUGAUAAUAUAUCUGUCGACUAAUUAAGUGUGUGGACGUUUGCAUUCCUAUAAUUGUGUUUUAACUUCUUGUAAUAUUCGACGAUAAUAAAUGUACUAUGUUCAAUAAAAAA